AUGUCCAACCAAGAUCAGCCCCGGCUGCACCCACAGCAGCAGAAGCCGUACAGCGUCAGGGCGCACCGGUCCGGCGCACUGCAGUGGGCGGUGGCGGUGGUGCUCACGGUGCUGGCCGUCGUGGUUCUGGUGGCCGCGGUGGCCGUGCUGAUCGUGGUGCUGCUGCUGCGGCCCCGGUCGCCGUACAUCGUCGUGCGGUCGCCGCGGCUGGACACGCUCGUGUACGACCAGCAGGGCUCGCUCGACAACGUGCAGCUGUCGCUCGUCGUCGAGGCGCGGAACGGCAACGCGCACUCCGGCGCGACCUUCUCGGACCUGGAGGUGCGGCUCGCGUUCGGUGGCACGGUGCUCGCGAAGCUGCGCGCCGCCCCGUUUGGCGUGCCGGCGAAGGGCGCGCUGCCGCUGGGCUACGUGGUGCGCGCACAGGGAGCGCCGCUCGACGGCCCCGGGAGCGCGGCCAUGGAGGCCGCGCUCCGCGACGGCGUGGUGCCGUUCGGCGUGGACGGGGAGGCGAGGACGCGGUGGAAGGUGGCCGGGCUCGUGGGCGUCAGGCACUGGACGCGCCUCGCCUGCGAGCUCCGCUUCUUCUGGCCCAACGGCACGGCGCUCGACUUCAGCUGCAGCUCCAAGUCCAAGUUCUGGUUCUGGUUUUUCUGA